ACAAUUGUUUCACUCUCUCCUCAUUAAACUUCCCGGGAAAAUAAGAUAGAAAAUUCAGCUCCUGGGUUUUUUGGGUUUGCGAAAAUGUCUCAGACGGGAAAAUUGAUGCCGAAUCUGGACCAGCAAAGCACGAAAAUGCUAAAUCUAACUGUACUCCAGCGAAUCGAUCCUUUUAUUGAAGAGAUUUUGAUCACGGCCACUCACGUCACCUUCUAUGAGUUCAACAUCGAGAGCAAUCAAUGGAGUCGCAAGGAUGUUGAAGGAUCUCUUUUUGUGGUUAAACGGAAUACUCAGCCGCGGUUUCAAUUUAUUGUGAUGAAUCGACGAAAUACAGAAAAUCUAGUGGAGAAUAUAUUGGGAGAUUUUGAGUAUGAAGUUAAAGUUCCAUAUUUGUUAUACCGAAAUGCAUCCCAAGAAGUUAAUGGAAUCUGGUUUUAUAAUCCUCAUGAAUGUGACAAGGUUGCAAAUCUCUUUAGUAGAGUUCUUAAUGCAUACUCAAAAGUUCCUCAAAAGCCAAAAGUAUCUGUGAGCAAAAGUGAGUUUGAGGAACUUGAAGCAGUCCCAAGCCCCUCUAUAAUGGAAGGCCCUCUGGAGCCUACAUCAACUGCCUCUACUGUCACUGAUCCUCCUGAUGAUCCAUCUUUUGAAAACUUCUUCAGUGCGGCUGGUACUGUUGGAAAUAAUGCUCCUAAUUUAAGGCAGCCCUAUCAUUCUUCUGCAACCAUUCCUUUGUUCUCGAAUGCACCUACUGCUGUUCCCUCUUCUGCACCAACUCCACAAGUACAGUCCCUUGCUCCUUCAGCCUCAUCGCCCACAGUUGUUCUCCAUGACACACCUGACCCAAUCAGUAGUAGUAACCGUGUCACUAAUCUUGUGAAACCCUCAUUUUUUGCACCUCCUUCCUCAUCAGCGUUAAUUAUACCACCUACUUCAUCUAUACCAACUGCUGCUGCUCUUCAACUGCCCUUGAAUCUGCAACGCCCAUAUGGAACUCCAAUGCUUCAACCCUUUCCACCACCUACUCCACCUCCAUCUCUUACUCCUGCAGGAGCCCCUACUUCUAGUGAUAGACAUCUUAUUACCAGAGAGAAAGUUCAUGAUGCACUUCUAAUGCUUGUUCAGGAUGAUCAAUUUAUAGACCAGUUUUAUCAAGCAUUGCUGAAAGUACACCACUCAUAAGCAGUGUAAAGCACUAUUAGGCUGUGGCGAUGUUACCAAAUACUAAAAUGCUUGUAAGAUCAAUUGUGUACAGCUCUUUCAGCUCCGUCGUUGACAUCGGUAAUAACUGACAGCCCUACCAUUUCUGUUCUAACUUCUAAGCUUUGCGAUUGAUGAGUUUAUUUGGUAAUCUUCCUAUCCCCUUGGAAAGUUGGGCUCCAAGGGACUGUGUUUAGAGAAUUACCAUAACUUUAAGAAUAUGGUUUCUUGUUUCACUGGUCUGGGGAUAUCAUAUCAGUUUAUUAGCUUGUUCAGAAUUGUAGUAGCUGCAUCCAAAUACUUCUGGUAGAAUGUGCAUGGACUCGUCUCCUCAUUUUCUUUUUCUGAUUUUGUCUUGCUGUAGUGAAACAUUUUAGUCAAUGUAACUUUUAAAUUAGGGGUAAAUUAGACAUUUUUGUGAUUUAAAAUAAAGUUCAUUUUAACAUUUA